GCGGAAACAUCCAUCGAGACGAGUAGUGUGAUAUACGCUCUGUUGUCCCUCUCCUCCUCCUCCUCCCCUCUUCAGCAGCACAGCCGGUGAUGGCAUCACGAAGGAUCGCGGCGAGUCUGCAUCAAGGCUUGCGCGCACAACGGGCCAUCAAUGCUGUACGGUCGAAGCCAGGCCUCAUCCGAAGCCUGGCGACUCCUGUCAGCAGCCAUGGCAGCACCACCGAGAGCACCACCUUGAGCAAUGGCUUCACUAUUGCAACGGAACACUCCCCCUACGCCCAGACGAGCACCGUCGGGGUCUGGAUCGACGCAGGCUCGCGCGCUGAGACGGACCGCACCAAUGGCACCGCCCACUUCCUCGAACAUCUCGCCUUCAAGGGCACGCAGAAGCGCUCACAAUCGCAGCUCGAGCUGGAAAUUGAGAACAUGGGCGGGCACCUGAACGCCUACACUUCCCGCGAAAACACCGUCUACUACGCCAAAGCCUUCAACUCCGACGUCCCCGCCACCGUCGACAUCCUCGCCGACAUCCUCCAAAACAGCAAGCUCGAGGCCUCCGCCAUCGAGCGGGAGCGCGACGUCAUCCUGCGCGAGCAGGAAGAGGUCGACAAGCAGCUGGAGGAAGUCGUCUUCGACCACCUCCACGCCACCGCCUUCCAGAACCAACCCCUCGGCCGCACCAUCCUCGGACCGAAAGAGAACAUUCAAUCCAUCUCCCGCGAUGACCUGGUCUCCUACAUCAAAACCAACUACACCGCCGACCGCAUGGUCCUCGUCGGCUCGGGCGGCAUCCCGCACUCGCAACUCGUCGACCUCGCCGAGAAAUACUUUGCCUCCAUGCCCGCGCACAACCCCAAUCAACAACCCUCCGCCUCCCUGCGCGGGCUCGAAGUCACCCCCGACUUCGUCGGCUCCGAAGUCCGCAUCCGCGACGACACCCUCCCCACCGCCAACAUCGCCAUCGCGGUCGAGGGCGUGAGCUGGAAGGACGACGAUUACUUCACCGCCCUCGUCACGCAAGCCAUCGUCGGCAACUGGGACCGCGCCAUGGGCAAUUCCCCUUACUUGGGCAGCAAACUCAGCACCUUCAUCCACGAGCACAAACUCGCCAACAGCUUCAUGUCCUUCUCCACCUCGUACUCCGACACGGGCUUGUGGGGUAUUUACAUGGUCACCGAAGCCUUCACGCGGAUUGACGACCUCGUCCACUUCACCCUCCGCGAGUGGAGUCGUCUCUCCUUCCAAGUCAGCGAGGCCGAAACCGAGCGCGCCAAGGCACAGCUCAAGGCUUCGAUCCUGCUGUCGUUGGAUGGCACAACGGCGAUUGCGGAGGACAUCGGUCGACAGAUCAUCACGACGGGCCGACGACUGACUCCCGAAGAAGUGGAGAAGCAGGUCGAUGCUGUCACGGCGGGCGACGUGAAGAGUUUUGCGCAGAGGAAGUUGUGGGAUCGCGAUAUCGCUAUCAGUGCGGUCGGGCAGAUUGAAGGGUUGUUGGAUUAUGCGCGGAUUCGGGGGGAUAUGGCUAGGAUGUUGUCGUAGGAGAAGAGAAACAAGGGGAAUGUGGGGGUAGGUGUGAUUCGUUGAUGGAGGAGGUGGAGGCAGAGGAAGUGGAGGGGUCCAAAUCCGUGUCAUAGAAAAGCUCACUCCUGCUCUGCGCCCCUCCGGGAGCGGAUGUAGAACGG